UCGCAAUUGUUUCCUGCUUUCAAAAACGCCAUGAGUGAGUUUGGGGAAGCUGGAAGAAGGACUGUUGAAGAAGAAGAAGAAGAAGAAGAAGAAGAAGAAGAAGAAGAAGAAGAAGAAGAAGAAGAAGAAGAAGAAGAAGAAGACGAUGAUGCUGCAGACAGGUUAAGCCAGCUUCCAGACUUCAUUAUUCAUAACAUCCUUUCGUUUCUGGACACCAAAUCAGCCGUUCAGACCUCUGCAUUGUCCCGAUCGUGGAGCUCCACGUGGAAGCAUGUCCCUGUCUUCGAUCUUCGUCGGGAUUCUUUCCAGCAUUACUCGAGUUUUCGUAGCUGCGUGGACAAGGUUUUGUCUCUCCGCCAUCCUCUCAAUGCACGCAAAGUUAGCUACUCCGACGAUGAGAGUUCGGAGGACAGAGACCCUGAUCUGUUGAUUAGGCUAAUCCAAGCUGCGGCUUCAGGUCAGACUACUCAACAUUUGGUGAUUAGCUUGAAAGACUAUGGGGAUCAUCGAGCUUUCAGAUUCUUCGAGCUGUUCGGCUCGAUCUUGAAUUCCAAUUUCGAAACUCUGGAACUGAAUGGCGUCCCAUUGGAUAGGGGAUAUGAAUCGACUGGUUUUCGGUUGCUGACGAGCCUACAUUUAGACAACUGCCUAAUGCUUUGCACUUUUGAAGGGGAUCUUGAUCCUUUUUCUAAAUUCCCAAGUCUGGAGAACCUUGUCUUGACUGGUUGCACCAGUUGUGGGAUCCUCAGGGUCUCCGGGUCGAACUUGAUUAGCCUUAAACUUGGGCGUAUGUGUCCGGACAUUGAAGUAUUUGCCCCGAAGCUCAGGUUCUUCGGUCUUUGGAAUGACUGGACGCUCUUACAUUUCUCAAGUUUAAGCCUUCCUUCCCUCGAUCAUGCUCGUAUCCAAUUUCAUGUCCGUCACAUGGAAGAUGACUGGGAACGGGUCGAGGUGGAGCAAGAUUUGAUCAUCUUGUUCCAAGGUUUGCGUAAUGUGAAAUCUCUGAAGCUGCAUCUCUGGACCAUUCAGGCACUGAGUGAAUUGUUCGAGUUUCUGGAACAACAACCCUGUCCCUUUACGAGAUUGGAGUUGCUGAUUGUGGAAGCUGAAGAUAUUCCUUCUCAACUGGUGGAUUACUUUUUUAAAGGAACUACUGCUAAACCAAAGAUCAAGUUUCUGGGGACUUAGGAAUAGCCCCCACUUUGACAUAGCAGUUAUGCUUCAUGUCUAGUAAAAAGUGGAGCUUGUAUGUAGCUUUUGCAUUUGCUGCCUGCCAAGGAGCUGGGAGCUGCUGGGGUUUCGACCUUUGCCUCGUUGCGAAGGCCUCCCUAGAAAGCCCAGUCCUAUCUUAUUCUGGUGUCUGGUAAACUGACUUGUGUUCCAAACGAGAAAUCUAUUGCUGAAGUUGACAGAAGCACAGCUACUGUAUUCCUAGUUUGAAUGUCUGAACCAUGUCGCCUAACAUGGUAAUGGGACGCCAUUCCAUUAUGUAUCAUUACAGAACUAGCUAACCUGGAACACAUUUUGGAUCGACAAUCAUGAAUGUCUAUGUAUUUUGUGCUUAGAUUUUGAAUGUUUAUGGUGUUGUUAGUAACGGUGGAUGUUGUUAAUAAACUUUUUGUGAAGUGAAACCUAAGGCUUGA